AUGCCCUUCCCAAACCUCCAUAUUCACCGUUCUCUCUCUUCUCUUUCGUCUCCCUUCUCCGACGCCUUCCUCGCCGACAAAGCUUUAACUUUCCUCAAACGCCACCCUUACCAGCUAAAUUCCCUCUCUUCCAAUUUUACCCCCGAAGCAGCUUCUUUUUUACUACUCAAGUCCCAAAACGACCAAACCCUAAUCCUAAAUUUCCUAAAAUGGGCGCACCCUCACCCGUUCUUCACCCCUCGCUGCAAAUGCCUCGCCCUCCACAUCCUCACCAAAUUCAAGCUCUACAAAUCAGCACAGUCCUUAGCAGAGGACCUCGCCGUCCAUACGCCCGAUCCGAAGGGCAAUUUCGUCUUUCAGUGCCUUAAAGAAACUUACCAUUUGUGUGCUUCGAGCUCCGCGGUAAUCGACUUGGUGGUAAAAUCUUAUGCCCAUUUGAAGUUCAUCGAUAAGGCUAUUAACAUUGUUAAUUUAGCUAAAAUUAAUGGUUUCAUGCCUGGGGUUUUAUCUUACAAUGCUAUUUUGGACGCCGUGAUUAGAUGUAAAAAGCCCGUUAGGUUUGCUGAGGAAGUUUUUGAAGAAAUGGUUAGAAAUGGGGUUUCACCAAAUGUAUUUACUUAUAACAUUUUGAUUAGGGGUUUUUGCUCGGCAGGGAAUUUGGAUAUGGGUUUAGGGUUUUUCAGUGAAAUGGAGAGGGAUGGCUGUUUGCCUAAUGUGGUUACUUAUAACACGUUAAUCGAUGCACACUGUAAGUUGAAGAAGAUCGAUGAUGCAUUUAAGUUGUUUAGGGCAAUGGCAUUAAAGGGGUUGAAGCCGAAUUUGAUUACUUAUAACGUAAUCAUCAACGGGUUGUGUAGAGAAGGUAGGAUAAAGGAGACGAGUGAGGUGCUUCACGAGAUGAGUCAGAAAGGUUUCGUUGCGGAUGAGGUUACUUAUAAUACACUCGUGAAUGGAUAUUGUAAAGAUGGUAAUUUUCAUCAAGCACUUGUUUUGCAUGCCGAGAUGGUGAGGAAUGGCUUAACUCCGAACGUCGUUACUUAUACUUCGUUGAUUAAUAGUAUGUGCAAAGCUGGGAAUAUGAACAGAGCAAUGGAGUUCUUUGAACAGAUGCAUGUUAGAGGACUUCGUCCUAAUGAGAGAACAUACACUACUUUAGUAAAUGGGUUCUGCCAGCAAGGACUUUUAAACGAAGCGUUUCGAGUACUAAAUGAAAUGGUUAAAAACGGAUUUUCACCUUCGUUAGUCACUUAUAAUGCUCUUAUUAAUGGGCAUUGUAUGCUUGGAAAGGUGGAAGAGGGUUUAAAAAUGAUAGAAGAUAUGAUAGAGAAAGGUAUAGCUCCGGACAUAGUAAGUUAUAGUACAAUUAUUUCUGGUUUUUGUAGAUACCGGGAUUUGGAGAAGGCGUUCCAAAUGAAGCAGGAGAUGGUCGAGAAAGGACUUAAACUGGAUGCGGUUACAUAUUCAUCACUGAUUCAGGGUCUGUGUGAGCAAAGUAGACUUGCUGAAGCUUGUGAUCUUUUCCAGGAGAUGCUGAAUGCAGGUGUGACUCCCGAUGAGUUUACGUAUACUACGUUAAUUUAUGCUUAUUGCAAAGACGGGGAUAUAAAGACGGCUUUUCAUUUGCAUGAUGAAAUGGUUCAGAAGGGCUUCCUUCCUGAUGUUGUUACUUAUAGUGUGCUUAUUAAUGGUCUCAAUAAACAAGCUAGGACAAGGGAAGCAAAAAGGCUUUUGCUCAAAUUGUUUUAUGAUGAAUCUGUCCCGAGUGAUGUCAUGUAUGAUACGCUGAUAGAGAAUUGCGGCAACAUCGAAUUUAAAAGUGCUGUAGCUCUUAUAAAAGGAUUUUGUAUGAAGGGUUUGAUGAAUGAAGCUGAUCGAGUUUUUGAGUCAAUGCUUCAGAGAAACCAUAACCCUGACGAAGCUGCAUAUAAUGUUAUCAUACAUGGUCAUUGUAGAGGUGGGAAUAUUCAGAAGGCGCAUGAUCUAUACAAGGAAAUGGUGAAAAUAGGUUUUGUUCCUCAUACUGUUACUGUUAUUGCUCUGGUUAAAGCGCUAUUCAUGGUUGGCAAGACCGAUGAGUUAAGUCAAGUCAUAACAAACAUACUUAGAAGCUGUAAACUUACUGAUGCUGAGCUUGCUAAAAUACUUGUUGAAAUAAACCAUAAAGAAGGGAACAUGGAUGCUGCUUUCAAUGUACUUACUGAAAUGGCCAAGGAUGGCCUCCUUCCAAAAAGUGGCUGAACUGCAUAUGCUGGUGAAGGACCGAGCACAAUGGACCGUAAAACUCAUGAGUCCUCCAUAAAAGGUAAUGGCUAUGAGGACAUUAUGAAGCUGGCCGAAUAACGAAGCGUUCCUGAUUUUUGCAAUCUUCAAAUAUAUGAAUGAAUCUUGUCAAGCAUGCUAGUCAGGAAAAUGCCUGGGCUGGGAUUUCUUUUUGGGGACUGCAUCUCUAUUUCUUCUAGCAACUCAAAUUGGUAUUCAAGUUCCAUUAUGAUGUACAUGCUUAAGUAGCGACAAUAAAGCUUGUGGAUCUGCAUACACUUUGUAUAUGGAUUCUCAGUUAUUUCUCAUAGCUCAUUUGAGAAGAUUGAUUUUAGUUGUUAUGUUGACUAUUAGUUAUUAUUGAAUUGGUGGUAAAGAAGAGCAUUGUGGAUCUGCAAACACAUAUGGGGAACUUUGAUCCGCAGUAACAUCCUUUGUGUUGGAAUGCAAUAACAGAUAGCAAAACUUACCGAGGAGCCUUGUAUCUCAUUCAUUUUGUUCUGACAACUUAUUGAGGAUCCUUGUAUCUCAUUCAUUUUGUUCUUUGGGCAGCUUGAACUAAUAAGCUUUUUAUUGAUGGGAUUUCAACUAUUCAUCGUGUCUUGAAUACAAUUGACUCAUUGUACAGAUAAUAAGCAAUGCAUCCAUACAAAAGGUUCCUUCGCAAUUCAGGCAACAAAGAUUUUAAGAAGGGAAGGAUAAACUUUGGCUCUAAAAAAUACUUUAAAAUAAAAGGAGGGUCUCAUUGACUGGUCUGAUAGUCCAUAAAGAAGACACGAUGCUUCUUACGACAUCUACCUCAAUUUUCCUCUAACAUGCUUAGGUCAAUGAACAUCCAUCUUAUGGCCAUAGAAACUAGGUUAUCUGGUUUUGGAAAUCCUACAUGACAAGACCAUAACUAGGCGGAAUGGCAGAAUGCCACUAGAGACUAAACCAUCAAGGAAAAUGAGAUAAAUGAAGGACUAGGAUAGCAGCAAAAAGACAUGAUGCCAAAGAUUUUAUAGACCAGAAAAACCUUACAAAUUCCAAACAAAUGAUAUGGGCGUAGUCCACUAUUUAGCAUUCCCUGUAAAUACAGGAAGUAUAAAAUAAAGGGAAAAGAUCUUGGAACUCACAACCAUGAUAUAUCUAUAUAUAACCAUUGAAAUGGCAGAUGAGCCAUGAUAGAAUAAGCAGCCAAACCCAUAUUCCACUGGCAACAGUUACACUGACAAUUUCAGUUAAUUUCCUAUAAUGCUAUUAGCAACUAAAAACAUCUCACAAAGAUUUAUAGUAUAAAUAGGUGUUCAUAAUACUUAACUGCAAGUGAGAGAGAAAGAAAGCAAAAGCAAGGCAAGGCAACACAGGCAGGCAGGGAAUGUUAAAGAAACUAAAAGCUAAUGCAAGCUCUCACAAUUUAUGAACGCAUACACUAAUUUUUUUCUAUCAAAUGCUACGAAGUCAAUUUAACAUGGUAUUCACAUUUAAGAAUAUAUGAUUCAUCAAAGCAAAUGAUAUCCAUCGGAAGAUAAUAAAAGCAUCAAAGGCUUAAAUACAUGAGUUGAACUUAACCAGAGCAGUAAUAGUUUUGCAACGCCGAUUCUUAAAAUCAGAACAUUCUUAGUUUCCACCAAUACCAGGUUAGUUUACCAUAGCAAUUAAAAAUAAAGUCCCUACAUAUCAAAUAUCAAAUUAAUUAAUGGAAUCUGUUUCUAUUGCUUACUAAAACGAGAAUGAGAAAUUCAAUAAGCCUGAAAUCGGGCAAGUUAUCUCAGCCAUGUUAGAAACUACUCAAAUACAUAUUCUUACAGAUAACACAAGGUUAAAAAAUCAACCUCUUUUCAAAAGUUCAUAACUUAUCGGGAAGAAAGCCUUUGGUGCAAAUCGUCUGCCAAUGCCUGUCUCAAACUUUCCCCGAAAUAAUAGAACUGCUUCUCACUCUCAAGCACCCUCGCCGGAGCCCCAGUUUCAUCGGGAUCCUUUUGAACCGCAGGCUCAGGCUCUCUUGCAAUCUGACACAAAUUAUGCAACACGCAACAAGCAACAAUUGUUUGCGGUGCAUGAUUAAGCCCCACAUUCAAAUCUUGAAGAAUUUUCCACCUAG